AUGCUGCUGGGCCGAGACGCAGUGCGGCUUCCUGUGCUGAUGUUCAUCCACGGCGAGUCGUACGAAUGGAACUCGGGCAACCCUUACGACGGCACCGUUAUGGCCUCGGUCGGCAAUGUGGUUGUGGUCACCAUCAACUUCCGUCUGGGCAUCCUCGGCUUCCUUCCGGCGAUGGGGAACAGCGCGCGGGCCAACAACGGCUUGCUGGACCAGAUCGCAGCCCUGCACUGGAUCCGCGACAACAUCGCCGAGUUCGGCGGCGACCCUGCCAACGUGACGCUUGCAGGCCACGGCACGGGUGCCGCCAUGGCACACCUGCUGCUACUGGCGCCCAUGGCCCAGUCGCUGGUGCACCGUGCCCUCCUGAUGUCCGGCUCGGCGCUCAGCCCGUGGGCGCUGGCCCGUGACGCGCACGCGCACGCGCGUCACGUGGCCCGCGCCCUCGACUGUCCCGUGGCCGAAGAAGAAGGGCUCGUCGAGUGCCUGCGGCUGCGACCGGUGGGCGACCUGUUGCGCGUACCCCUGUCCGUGCCCGACCACCUGAGCGCGUUCGGCCCCACGGUGGACGGCACCGUGUUGCGCGCUGAGCCCCUGGAGCUGACCGAGUCCCUCGCCUCGUCGGGCCGCCGCCUCGAGCUGAUGAUGGGCGUGUCGCGGUUCGAGUCGUACUUCUUCGUGAGCGCCUCGGAGGAGAAGUACGGCAUUGAGGCGGACCGGCGGGACCGGCUGCUGCGCACGCUGGUGCGCAACCUCUUCUCCUUCCACCAGCAGGAGAUAUUCCUGACCAUCGUCAACGAGUACACCGACUGGACGAAGCCCUUCCAGCAUCCGCUCAACAUCCUGGACAGCACGGGCGAGGCCGUGGGUGACGCGCUGGUGGUGGCUCCGCUGGUGCGCACUGCGGGCCUCCUGUCCCGUGCCGCGCCCACCUUCCUGUACGUGUUCGCGCACCAGGCCGAGCUCUCGUCGGACUACCCGAGCCGGCUCGGAUGCGUGCACGGCGAGGAACUGGCCUUUGUGUUCGGCGCGCCGCUCGUCGCCGCGCUGGGACACUUCGGCCGCAACUACAGCCGGCAAGAGCAGGCGCUCGCCGAGGCCACAGUCUCGUUCUGGACAAACUUCGUCAAGUUCGGGGACCCCAGCUACACGGGCCACAGCGGUGGCUUGACCGGUAGCGAGCUGCACGCCAAGGGGCGCUUCGAGCGCAUCGCUUGGCCACCUUACGAGCCGGCUCACCAGAAGUACCUACUCAUUGGGUUGAAGCCCAAGGUGAAGGAUCACUACCACGCGCACCGGCUGUCGCUGUGGCUGCACCUGAUACCGCAGCUGCACCGGCCGGGUGCCCCUGAGGCGCACCACUUGCUCGAGGACCACGACAACCCGCUCAGCUACGACGGCCACGUGCGCUCCCUGGACGGCAUGGCGCCCGCAUCCUCGUCAUCUUCUUCGUCUUCGUCCACGGCCCCCAGCAGCAGCACCAGCAGCAGUAGCAGCAGCGCCGCCCCGCUGUCACCGGCGCCCGGUGUGCCGCAGGCAUCGCAGGGCAACGAGAGCGGCGCAUGGCCCGCUGAGGCUGCGUCCACGGCGAGGCCCCUGUGGGAGCCGCUGUCCGGCGGCGGCUACUCGACCGCGCUGAGCGUCACCAUCGCCGUCGGCUGCUCGCUCCUCGUGCUCAACGUGCUCAUCUUCGCGGGCGUCUACUACCAGCGCGACAAGACGCGGCUCGAGGCGAAGCUGCACAAGCGCAGCUACAAGCUGGCCAAGCCCGGUGAGCCACCCCACCUGACCACCGCGGGCGGAAAGCCGCUUGCGCUGCGCGCGCCUCCCCCGUCGCCCGUGGGGCCCGCCGGCGGCGGCGGCGGUGGCGCCAACAUGGCGGGCGCCGGCAACGCUGCCACGCUGCCGCCCAAGGCGCCGCCGCCGAUGCCCGAGGCACAGCCGCUGCUUGCGCAGGGCGCCAGCCUCGCGAGGCUCGUUCUGCGCACCCGACCGCCAGAACCUCAAGAGAACGUGUGUGUGAUGCAGUGGAGGAAACCUGGCUGCCUGCCCCCUUCUGGAGCCCCCGGCUCCGGAUAGCAGACGCCCACCUCCGGGACUCUCCGACCAGCCCGACGAGAUGCGGGCCAUGACUGCACUGGCUGCUGAAGGCUGAAAUCGACUCGACUUCUUGUCGGUAUCCUAUGGCCUUCGACUGGAACGUGCAAUGUCGUCUCCCGCACGUGCACGGUCGUCUUGUGUGAAUCGGGCUGAACACUUCUGUGCUGGCGCAGGACCGGUGUGUGGGAGUGCGGAGAGUGCUGGAGGUUACAGUGUGUGCGGCGGGAACGCUUCUUCGGCGUGUUGGGACGCUGUGUAUCAUCCCGCCGCGUUCAGACACAGACACGGACUGGUUGAACGCACAAAAGUGGGGUGUGGUUGCUGGAUGUGUCUAAACGACGCUGCGCUCGGAGGAGUCGUUCUGUGCUCGUACGCAAUGACAAUAAUCGCCGCGAAGAUCAAACGAAAGCGAAGCGGGGAAGACUGUUGUCCCGCGGUGACUUGGGUUGUGGACGUGUUUUGUUCGCAUCCGCACGUCUUAUCGACGCUACACUGGUUUUUAUGGAGUGGUUGAGAGAACUGUGGCUUUUCAGCGGGUAGCCUUCCUCGCGCGGAAGUGUCAAGCUUGAGGUGGGACGUCACUGUGAACAAAGGCGGCUGUUAAAUAAUGCGUCGUGUUUUGUCCCAGCGACCAUGCUAUUCACCGUUGGUUCCAUCGACGGCGUUCUGCUAUGAGCGUAUCGUCUACACCAGCGGCGCCUUUGCGCACAUAUCUCAUUUGAGCACGCUAUAGCGCGAUAGCUGGCUACUCGCGCCUAAGCCUAUUCACCACGAGGCCAAAAAUCAAUGUGUUUUGUCUCUGCAUUGAACGUGUGUCAUAAUUUUACAUUCUGCCAUGUUUAGAUUGAGAGAACACUGCCAGAGCAAUACGUCCUGGACAGUUUUCACCGUGUGUUGUGUGCUCAGCGGAAGUGUCAAAGGUCACUCGUCGACUGACUUUGUAUACCACCCGUAGCGUUUAUUUGUAGUCCAAUGCGCGGGCAUUUUACAAACCCCAGCCGAAAAAAACGGGUUUGUUCGAGGCACGCUUUUGCUGACGAGUCAAGCAGUUUUCCUCGGGAGCCACCAACCAACAGGUUCGACCGAAAAGCGAAACUUAACCGGACUUGGCUAUCGAGUUCUAUGCAGGCAAGGUGGACAAGGCUGGUGGCAUUAUUUGUGAGCAAGUGAUAACGAAGAAGAUCCACCUACAUCCUAAAUUGAACGAGACUGCAGCGAGCAAUUCUGCAACACCGCAGUUGGCUAGCGGUGAAGGCAUCUGCGCUCCAACGGCAGUUAUCACCGUCGUAUCUGAACAUAGUUGACGGCUUUGUUAGCCAGCUAUA